AUGAGAUAUACACCUGUUACCAGGGCACUGUUGCUAUGUGCCUUGAUAAUGGUUGCCACUAGUGUGGCUUCAGCUCAGGAUCCAUGCGAUUCCGCUUCGGACCUGGACAUUCAAUUCAAUAAUGCUACAUGUGAUUCAACUAUUGUAUUCUACGCCUACGACUAUGGCUGGGACAAUCUAACGAUCAGCCCACCCGUCACAUCGCAACGUUAUUACCUCAACUACUACUGGUUCACCGCCACAGAGGCUGGCCAACACACCAUCUUUGCCACUAUCGGCAACUGUACCAGGAACAGAACGCUCACAAUCACCAUCCCCAAGAUCACCAUCACCCAGCCCGUAUGCUACGGCAAUAACAUGACUCUCACCGUCACUGGCUUUGAGAACAGGAACGCGCUUUUCAGAAUCGACUCUGGCCCACAGACCGCCUACAACAACACCUUUGUCUACUCGAACGUCUUCCAGGCAAACACCGUGCACAGACUCAGAGUGUACCCACCCAGCAUGUCAUCUUGCAGCGUCCGCUUUGUCUACGACAUCACAAAGUCCCUCACACCACAGGUAGUCGUCACCCAGCCAACUUGUGGCCUGCCCAACGGCCGCCUCGUCGUCACCAACUACCAGCAAUUCAGCUCUUUGGUACUUGAGUUGCAAGGCACCAACAGGACCUCCGAGGCAUCGAAUGGCAUCUUUGAUAACGUGCAAGUGGCCACCGGCAACCAGGUGCCCUACACCAUCUACGCCACCGCAGCCCAAUGCACCAGCGUCAUAAUCUACUCCGGAUACAUCUACCCCUCUACUCCCUCAGUCACCGUGAGCUCACAGUCUAUCGCCGGCUGCAACUCAUCGUACGCCCUGCAGACGCUCACCGUCAAUGGUCUGAGCAGCCCUGGCCCCAUCACAAUCGAUAGCACGUUCAACGUAACUGCCGGCGUUCAGACACCCUUCACUCAGGGCUCGCACGCAAUCAACUUCAACAUUGGCUGCGAGGGCAACUCCGCCUACGACAUGACCAACUACUACAUCCCCGUCACGCACACCCUUGGCCAGUCGCCACAGCCCACCUGCAGUGCUGGUUCGGCCGUCACCAUCACCUACCCACGCGACUUCUCGACCCUCAGUGCAAGCCAAGGCUCGAUCGACUCGAACCGCCAGCUGCCAGUCACCCUGGGCACCGGCAUAUCCCUCACAUCGACCUGCGACGACAACCCAUACAUCUUUAGAUACGACUCAAUCAACCCACUCGUCCAGAUCACCUACGACGACCCCACCUGUCUGGGCAACUUCACUGUCACCAUCCAGAACUACCAGUCUUUCGAAAGCAUCAUGAUCAGCAACCCUACCAAGACCGUGGUCGCAACAGAGGGUGUGAUGGGCGGCCUGUACGUCGCAACCAACUGGGUACUCAGCACCGUGUUGAAGGGCUGCACUGGCCUGACCAAGAACCAGUCGGUCGUCAUCAGCGAGGUGUCAUCAUUCCAGAAUCAAUACAUUACCUGGGACUGGGUCGACGUUGUCUACCCCUCGGUCUGUGGCGCCAACAUCUCGGGCACACUUUUCCCAGUGUACAAGGGCAUCCGAAGCACAGUCGGCACUCCAGUCAACUUCAACAACAGCAACUACAACUUCAACGUGCCAGCCACCUUCCCCACCUGCCCCCCUCGCUCGAUCCGUUACUCGAUACCCGCCUCGCCACAAAACGCCAACAUCACCGUCCUCUCGCAAGCACCCUGUGUCUCUAGCUUUGGACUUAUCCAGAUCAACUUCACCAGUCCGGUCUCCUACUACUACUUCAACAACUCAUACACCUCGAUGAAGCCCUCUGGCAGUACUUUCCUCGUGCCGGUAGGAACCACCAAAAUCAUGGUGUACUACCAAGGCUCACAAUGCACCCAACCCUUCACCGUCACAAUCAACGCCAUCGACACCACCACCGCCAUCACCUACUCGAUCACACCCCAGCUAUCGUCGGACUGCCAGACUGCCUCGGCCAACGUCACCCUCCACAACUUCCAAAACUUCUACACCGCCAACUUCAACGGUUACGGCUUCCUGUCUAACGGUGUCAGCACAGUGCCCUCUACCCAAUCUGGCACUCUCUACUUCAACCACUCUAUCUGCGGCGUCGGUCAGAUCAACAACAUCCCCGUCCCCACUGAUACCAACCGCACCAUCACCAUCACCCCCGUUGAGACGUCGGGCUGUCGCUCGAUGGUCAACUCUGCACCCAACUCGGCCAAGAUCGUCGUCACCCAGGGCGGCCAGCCCAUCGUGAUCGACGGUGUCACCGACCUUGGCGAGAACAACAACGCCGGCUAUGACAGAUACACCCAGCUCAUCAUCGGCAUGCCCCAGGGCAACCGCCUCUUCGAGAUCUCUUCGGGCAACUGUUUGUGGCACGAGUCAUACGUCCAGAAGUUCGACACAUCGCCCGUGUUCCGCGUAGACGUCAUCCAGUUCCCCACUGUCGGUGCCUACGACGGUGUUGCCAAGGUCGUCCUGCUGAAACCCAACUUCUACACCGGCUAUUCCGAAACCUCUCACGGCUACUUCCUGCCAGACCAUAUGACGAUUGUUGGUUGGACCAUCAGCCCUGAAGACUACCCUGAUAUCUUCUCAGUGCACAUCUACGACUUCUACGAUUGCCCCUACGAGUACUCGUUCAACCUCACCGCAUUGAUGCCCCUCAACAAGCCCCGCUUCACCAUCACACCGCCCACCCAGUGUGGCUCGCGUGUCCUCACGUUCAAGUUUGACACCGCCAGCAUGCAGGCAUUUGAGAUCUUGAUGAGCGGAAGAUACGCCCCCGACUCCAAUGGCGUCGCCUACCUUAGCCUGGACUCUGAUCAAUACAUCAACUACAGAUCGCGCAACAACUAUCACUUGCCCAACGACGACAACUUCCUAUAUUUGUCCCUUGAUAACCUGCCCUCGAUCUCGCCACUCAACGUCAACGUCGCCUACAACGUCGUCAAUGAGUCGUGCACAUACUCUCGCGACGGCCAGGUUGUCAUCACCAACGCCGACACUGCCACCUACCUCUACCACCUGAUCAGCACUGAGACUGGCUUCAACUCAGACACUCUCAUCUCGGGCACCACCAUCACAUUCCGCUUCCUGUCCGCCGGCAUCCACACACUCACCGUGUUCAGCAACAGCAACACCUACUGCACCAAGACCAUCAGUAUCGUGGUUGGCAGCAACGAGCCACAACUGAUUGUCGCAGCACCAAACAUCUGUAACUACAAACUCAACUCGACCACCCUCUCCCUCAGCAUCGCCCCAACUGGCUACACCGCCACCUACAAGGUCAACGGUGUGGACGCCAACACAGUCACCACUGUCAAGGAAGGCGAUUUCCUGGUCGAUGCCGUCGUCACUGGCGCGGGCUCAUGCUCUCGUCGCCUCUCAGUCUUGGCCACCGUCCGCUCGGACUAUAUGCAGGCAGAGGUCGUCUCGGUCCAGUGUGGCAUGUUCAGUUUGUACAUGAAGCAGUUCGAUGACCUCCUUCAAGUUGCCCUCCUGGACAGCUCUGACAACGUCGUCGUUAGCCUCGGCCCCGACCAAUUCUACGACAACGACAUUACAUUCCCGGGUCUGGCCACUGGCAUGUACAGUGCCAUGAUGGUUGAGCGAACUGGAUGCAGCAUCACCUCUGAUCGUAUCUCGGUCACUGCCUGUGCAACUCCACCUCCAUCCACAACCACAACCACUGGCAUCCCCACCACCAACUCCACAACCAUUGGCACUACCACCGGACUCAAUUCAUCGUCAAGAAUCUACAUCCCAUCACUAUUCAUCAUUGCAAUGAUAGUCAUUUCCCUCUUCCUCUAG